AGCAUUUGACAGUGUCUCCGUGCACCCUUUCAUACAUGCACUUCCUGAGGACGUUGCAGCUUGUGUCUCACACCAGCUCAGAAGUGGAAGUGGACAUGACGUUGCCCUACUUAAACCACACAUAAACCACACACUGCACAGUCACAGAGGCAGAGACAGUGAGUGAGAGACCUAACAGAAACCUUUUGUUACUAUUCUCUGAAGUGGAGAGUCUGGAGCAUGAAGAUCCUCCUCACCUUCUGCCUGAUUAUAGCUGGUUCUGAUGCUGUAACUACAGUAACUGGAUACAGAGGAAGAUCAGUUCAGAUUAAAUGCCCCUACGGAUCUGGAUAUGAAGAAUACAAGAAGUAUCUCUGCAGAGGUAAAUGUCCCCGUGUGGGGUAUAAUGAUGUUCCUGUUCGUUCUGGAUCUCCUGCUAAAGACACCAGAUUCUCUCUGUAUGAUGACACAACAGCCAAAGUCUUCACUGUCACCAUCACUGAUCUGAGAACAGAGGAUGGAAGCACUUACUGGUGUGUGAUAGAGCAGACAGGGUUUGAUAUUUACACAGAGGUUCUACUGCUGGUUAAAACGGAUGAUCCUGCCAACAGUACUGUCUCACACUCCACACACUCUGCUCCAACCCACUCCAUGAGUCCAUCAGUGCAUGCUGAGAUCACACAUUCAACAGCAGGUACUCCCCUAAAUAAUGCUAACCACACAAUUAGCGCUGGUUCAUCUCAGGAAUUUCCAACUUCCACUGUCAUCGUUGCUGUGUCUGUGAUUCCAGUGCUGCUUCUCAUGGCCUUGUUAAUCGCUGUAGCUGUACAGAGGAAAAAGAAGACCCAAGCCUUGUCUCCAGCCCAAUCUCUACAAAGCUCCUCAACCAGUCAUCUGGUUCUACCUCCAGACCGCAGAAGCCUUUCUAAUACACUUUAUUCCACUGCUGAAUUACCUACAAUCUCCCCUGAACUUUCCCAAACUAUUUACACCGGAUUAGGCGCGGUUAAUCCAGUUUAUGCUACGGUACACCGCCGGUCAGACGCUCCCGUUCAGGACAGCUCAGUUACCCACAAUUCUCCCUGAUUCCUCAGUCAGUGCGGCUCCACCAUCGGUUGUGAAACCUUAUGAAAUUUGUGAGGGAAAUGAUUAAUUUCUUACUGUAAUAGCUCUGUUCAUGUUCAUCAGUGAAUAAUGUCACUUGUGGUCAUGUCAUGGAGAUUAGCACAGAACGUUCUUCCCUCUUAUAUUGACACAAACAUGUUAUUGUCUUCAGGAAUGUCUGCACAUCUGCUAAAACCUUGAAACCAGCAAACUGGCUCAAACCUCCUAGAACUCCCUUUUUGAGACUUGCAGAUGUCCAGCUCUCCUUAUCUUAAAACAUAUAUAGGGCAUGUGAGAGAGGAGUGCUUCACCGCACUUCUAUCCUGUAUUCAUCCUUCUGUAAUAGACCCAAAGGACCAGGUCUAAAGGUGCAGCUCCAUCAGUUACCUACUAGAACUAGAACAACUCAUGUGACUGAAUGUGGCUAGAUAGCAUGCAUCAUGUUGAUAAUCAUUUUCCAUUAUUUGUCAUUUGUAGCCCAGUACUUGUUUCUGAUUGGUUAGAAGGUAUUUUUUAUAUCAGCUCCACUGACAUUAGUAUGUCAUCUUCCAUUUUAAUAUAUACAAAACUGUAAUUGUUGGCAAAUUGCUGUAGUAUGAGAGGAAUACAACACCCAGGGGGUGCUGCUAUGUAAAAUAAUUAAAUAAAACAAAAUCAACUUUUAGGUGGUAACAGUAACUCCACUUCAUCACACCACUCUGCCACUCAGUAGUUUAGUCAGUUUAAUUUCUUCAAUUUCAGUUUAAUUUCUUCAGAAAUCCAACGUAUUUAUAUAAUCAUGGUUCAAUACCUUAUUCAUGUCUCAUUAUAGUGUAUGCCUCUUUUAAUAGUAAAAUGUAUAACAUGUAUACUCUUCCUCUUGCUUAACUCUGUGUAGAUCUGUGUGUUUGGAAUCUUUCGCUUUUGUUGAGCAAUAUUAUACAUAGGUCACACAUUAUAAAUCAGAUUUAUGUCUAUCAGUUAGUGAUUUGUUAUAUUUGUUAUUUAUUAUUUCUGUAUUUCCAUUUGUUUCUGCCGAACUGUGAGUACACGUCUGUGGUGUUGGAUAUGAUUAGAUACGAUUUGUUUUGCGUUUGCAUUCAAUAAAAUCUAGCUUGCUCUGACCAGCUACCAUCUGCCAAAAACACAGACUAAGCUGGUCAAACUGUAGAUCAUCGUGGUCAGCAGGUAGGUGCUGGUAGAGCGGAUAGGAACCAGUUUCUGAAGUACUGCUACUCAUGCUGCAUCAUAGAAACGUUAUGAACAGUAACGCAGUUAAAACAUUAAAAAAAAUUCUUGAUCGGUUUGGUCAAGUAAUAAGUAACUUAUUAUAAUCAGACUCCAAGUACCACUUGAUUCAGAACCAAAAGUCCAGGGGAUUAAGUCAGACCAGAUCCAGCUCCUCCUACUGUACCUGUGCAGAGUCAGAGGGGGUGAACACGACUCCGUUUGUUUCAGGCUGGAUACACGUGUUUGUUAUACGCAUUGUACGAUGUCUUUUAGGUUAAGCGUGAGGCUUAUAGGAGGAGUUGGAUCAGGUCCAGCUCCAUCCCUGGAUUUUUGCUUCUUAUUGUUUUCAUUGUUUCCUUGUCUUGUGUUUUCUUUUCAUACUAUAUAUACUACCCUCUCCAACAGGGUUUUUAGAUUGAUGGUACGGUACUCUUAGUCCCUGAACUAGUGAACUGGCAGGACGAUGUGUUUUCAGUAGAGACUACAAAGCACUUCUGUCAGUCGGUCUGGAUAAGAGUAUCUGAUAAAUGCUGUGAAUGUAAAGGUAAAUAUAGGACACACAUCCACACUGCAAACACGAGAAACACUUCAUUCCUCCCAUUUCUCCACCUUUAUUAAUAAAGCAUGGAGAAUGUCAGAGAGAGAGAGAGAGAGAAAAAGAAAGAGAGAGAGAGAGAGAGAGAGAUAGAGAGAGAAUGUAUGCAACAAAACCAGCAAGUAGUUCUCCUAUUCAAGCAAAACACAUCAUAUGUAGGCACACACUAGUAUUUUAUUCUAUGAUUAUGAAGCCUAUUGUAACUUACAACUAAAAAAACCCCUUGAUACACAUAGAAAUCUCAUAAAGGUAAGCAUUAAUACAGUUACAGGAAAACACAAGAAUCUAACUCACAUGUGUGUGUUUUAGUAAGACCAACUUACACUUCACAUCUUCUGCAAGGACAGUUAAAGAAAUCACUCAUAUCUCCUCUAUUACAGAGCUGGAAGCAAUUUCGG